CGGCUAUAAUAAUUAAUUAUUUAUUCUACACAACACCACACCACAACUACUGCGAGGAAGCCGCUUAUCUCUUCUCAAACUACCUGGAGAAAUAGAUUCCUUCUACCAUGGAUGAGGCAUGAAGUCAUCACCGCACGCCGCGCAGGGUAUCUAUCUUCCCACGGAAAUCGUCAUUCAGAUCGUAUCCUUUGUCGCCUCUGACAAUGCCCGCCGCCAACAGGAUCUCCAUGCCUGCUGCUUGAUCUCUCGCCAGUGGUACUCUGCAGCAGUUCCUCUGCUCUACGAGAAGCCUAGACUCGAUAAUGGCUUGACAUUUUCGCUGUUUGCGCGAACAGUCUGUCCGCCCAUCAGCGCGCGUCCAAGCAAGGUCAAGCUGGGUAGUCUUGUGCGACGCUUGGAUAUGAGCUGGCAGGUCCACGAGAGCACCCAUAGCCUUACCGCCAGGCUUCUUGGAAGAGUCAAGGAGAAUCUGGAAGUAUUUAUUGCUCCAGCGGCUGCUUUUGCGAUCAACUGCCUCGCCUCCCUUUCCAAAUGCAACAACCUACGAUACCUCGAUCUCUACCUGGUCCGAGAAUCCAUCCCAUUCACCAGUCUCAAGAAAUCUCUAAGUAAUCUCGAGAAACUCACCACCAUUCGUCUUCCACGUUCUACAUCCCUGAACGUUUCCGAUUCCACCAAUAUCAAAUGGCCAUCGAAUCUCCAACGACUCCAACUGAGCGGCAGUUUCCCUUCCUCCAUCGGCUCCAUCUCCUGGCCAGAUCGACUGACCAGUCUAACUCUUCGGAGUUGCGAAGACCUCUCCGUCGCCCCCAUGAGCAGUCUUCUCAGUAGUCCGCAGCUAUCUCGAGCCCUGAAACGGCUCACGAUCCUGGAGAAUCGCCGCUUGGAGCCAGCGUCGAUCAAGGCCAUACCAAUCUUCUUACCCCAGCUCAAGUUCCUUAGUGUACCAGGGGGGUUAGUCGACAAUAGCUUUUUCGAAAUGCUCAUCGAGAUGUCCACCCCGAUAGCACUUGAGGUCCUCGAGUUCGGGCCCUGUGAUAGCGAUGGACUCCACUUCUCCUAUUGGGCGCUUAUAGAUGCGCUCGAUAAGGGACUGGCUAAUCUCCGCACAGUUGGGUUCCAUGUGAAAUGGUGCACUGAGGAACGUAUCACGGAAGACGAGUAUAUCGAACAAGCCCUGAAAUCUCGGCAUGAGAUACCCACUACGAAUGGCGAUGCUGCGGCUGAGGCUGAUGAAGAUGUUGAUGUGGGAGUCUAUUAUACAUAAUUAAUGACAGAUCACUCUUAGGCACCUCACCUACUAGCAACGAGUUCCCUA